AUGCACCACACCUCCCACCUCUCCAUCGUCGUCAGCCUCUUGAUCGUUGCUGGUCUCCUCAACGCGUGUGCCGCUUCCUUCAGCCCAGCCCAUAGCCUCACCGGUGUCUGGUACCGGGAGUCGGUCGGCGGAGGCAGCGACGACUGCGUGACCACUGAGAGAUUGGUCCAGUCCGGACCCAACAUCACCCUCCUUGCCGCCCCUGGAAGUCAGACUGGUUGGUAUGCUUCGCUCUUCCAGGGCAUCGGUGUGGGCUACGGUCAGGUCCCUGACAACGGCUACCCCAUGUGCGGCGAGACCGAUAUCGUGGUCGUAGUAGCGGAUGCCAACCUGCUGACUGUGACCUACAUGCCCAACCCGCCCAAUGACUACUGCCCCGUGGGAUAUGGCGGCGCCGUCGUCAAGUACACCAGAAGGCUCACUCCCUGCUGA